UAAUAAUAAUUAUUAGUUUUUAAAUAUUAUUUAUUAUCAAUAAAAAUAUUUAACACCAACAAAAUCAGAAAUCAUGACAUUUGUUCAACAAUGGACCCAAAAACUGGAUGAUUAUCUGAAACGAGAGGACAAUGUCUGGACUAAACAGUUGGCCAGAGCCGAGUCGGCUACCGGUAUAUCCAGACUGUAUUUGGCUAACAGUUUGAUAAUCAUAUUUGUCGGCUAUAUGUUAUUCGGACAGUUUGCCCAAUUGUUAUGCAAUCUAUUGGGGUUUGUCUAUCCGGCCUAUGCAUCCCUGUGCGCACUGGACGCACAAAUUAGCGGCGAUAGCAAUUCAAUUGAUCAGAUACAGCGUUUGCUCAGAUAUUGGGUAGUAUUUGCAUUGUUAUCGGUGGCCGACUUUUUUUCAUUAUAUUUAUUCCGAAUUAUACCGUUCUAUUGGUUGGCAAAACUGGCAUUCCUUGGCUGGUGUUUGGCACCUAUACCUCAAAACGGUUCACAACUACUAUAUUUUAAGUUUAUACGACCAGUUUUCAGGCAACUGGAACCCUGUAUAGACAAUUGGUUUGCUAGUCUAGUAACACAGCUCAGGGAUGUUAUCGAUGAUGAUGGCGAUAAUGAUGAUGAUAAUAGUGUUACAACAACAUCAACAACAAAAAAGUCGACAAAACAUAAACAACACAAAAAAUAGUCUCU